AUGCCUCGGAGGAAGAAAAACUGCCAGAGCCCGGCCAGGCAGCCCGCUGGGCCGCCCAAAGGAGGAAACCUCGGCCACAGCACGAGUUUCCCCCCACUGCCACACAGAAAUAGUAAUUUCGCCGUUGCGAGCGACGUUCAACCCAGGACCACAUUGGAGACCAGCAGUGCCAAAAAGGAGAGACUCGUUAAAGGCAUGCAGGAGAUGUUUUCACACCUGGACCCAGAUGUUAUACACAUCGUGCUGUCUGAAUGUGACUAUAAAGUUGAAAAUGCAAUGGACUCCCUGCUGGAGCUGUCUGUGGCUGCUGAAGUUUUAACCGUGAAUCCUCCUCCUGUUUCUGGCUUUGAGCACACCGCUUCAGCGUUGCUCAGUCCACGUCACUUUUCUGAACCAGAACCUGACGACACGCACUCGGCGGCAAACUCUUCUGAUCCUUUGCUGACCGAAGAGCUGGACCUGCUACUUGAUCAAGAGUUAGAGACACUAGUGGUACAACAAGAUGUUAAGGAAGAGCAGCGCAGUAGCAUGCCAUCUGCUGAAGUACCACUCUCAACUUCCCCUUCACUACCUGUUCAUCAGCAGACACUCCCAGAGCUUCUUCAGAGCAGCCUGGAUGCUGGAUCUAGAGAGUGUAUCACUAAUCGGCCAUCACCAUCGGGAGGCUUGGUGGAGCAUUUGUCUGGAGCGUCCUGUCAGCUCAACCAACACCACACCAGUGACGAUCAGAUCCCAGAGGUGCAGAAAGAUGUGCUGGAUUUCACACAUUUGGUGACCAAUACGUCUCCAGACAAGUCAAAACCUCCUGUUGACCUGGCAGCCUCAGGGCGUCCCUCAGCUUUCCAGGUGUAUAAAAAGCAGGACCCAUGUCACGCUCUUUCAGGGAGGACUGGGCCCCCGGACUCAGAUUCAGUAGGCAAUGGAGCAAGAUCCAAAGUGAAUCUGCUAAGUAGCAAUCCAGAUAACUACAUGCCAUCACCCUGGAACUCGACAGCGCCAGUGUUUUUCCCCCCGAUCCAUGGAAACCAGAGGCCAGCCUUCAUCACCCCUGUAGCUCAGGCACCCUCAGUCUGGCUCGGUCAAACCAGGCAUUCCUCUCCUUGGUUGAGUCAGGGACCUUUUACUCAGGCCCCUCGCAAACCUGCUACUGCUAUUCCCAACUCUUGGGCCCAGCCGGCUUCUGGGCCGGCUCCGGCUCACCUCAACAGGUUGUAUUUGCAAGGGAAGGUGUUGGUGCUGCUUCGUGGCGCUCCUGGAUCUGGAAAGUCAACCCUGGCAAGAGCCUUGUUGGACCAUAACUCGGGUGGAGUCAUCCUAAGCACAGACGACUAUUUCAUCCGCUGUGGACGAUACUGGUAUGACCCUUCUGUCCUGGGAGAGGCCCAUGAGUGGAAUCACAAACGAGCCAAGGAGGCUUUUGAGAGGGGCAUCAACCCGAUCAUUAUUGAUAACACCAAUCUGCAGAGCUGGGAGAUGAAACCAUAUGUGGCUCAGGCGCUGAGACAUGCAUACAAGGUUCUGUUCAGAGAGCCAGAUACUUGGUGGAGGCACAAGCCCAGAGAACUGGAAAGGCGUUCAGCACAUAACGUUCCGACGGAAAAAAUCCGCCACAUGCUGAAUGGAUACGAUCGCUUCGUCACGGUCCAGUCUAUCAUGGGCUCAUGCACGCCCGAGGUUAAACGGCGCCGGCCUCAGGAGAACAGAUCUGCACUCCCAUUCACUUCUGGCUCACCUUGCCCUGACCUCGUAGGUCAGCCUGGACCGAUUGAGGAACAUAAAAAAGCCCACCCCCAGUUGUUUUCCUCCCUCCCUGACGUGUCGUCGCUCUGUCUUCCCGGCGAAGCAGGAGUCCAUGAAGGCCCUUCCUGUGAAUCCCCAGGGUCGCUCAGCCUCCAAGAAGCAGCUAGCAACAAGCCUGACGGUUCUGAUUCAGAUGAUUACAGUGAUUUGGGUGAACUGGAUUCUCAGCUGGACGCCCAGUUCGAGCCAACCCAGCUGGGCGACGACCUAAGAAUCCCAGACUGUAUCGUGGAGUCGGUGAUGAAUGAAAAUCAGUUUGGGGAUGAAGUGCAGGUGGCUUUUUUUGAAUCUAUUGGACAGAGAGUGAAGAGGGAAAGAGCAAGCAGGAGGGCUGGUUUAGACACAGAGGAGCUGGUAGAUUUAGUGAAAGAUACUGACCAGUCAGAUAGAGAAAGCUCAAAGCUUGAGGAGGCAGAAAGGGGCAAGAUGGUGAAGGAGGAGGUGCCUACGAUGUUUGAGGGAGACUGGCCCACUGAGGGGUCUCUUGAACAGCGACAAGUGAGAAGAAAAGAGAGGCAUACAGAGGUGAAGAAAGCAGAGGGAGCAGCGAGUGAUGAUGAAAACAUAAAGAGUGAGACGUCUGGACCAGAUGUCACUGAGUUUCAAAAGCUUCUUGAUGUUAUUCAGACUGGUGUGGUCCCAGUUCAGCCCAGCUCUUCAGGCUCACAGUCCCUCUCGCUGAGCUCUGGAGAUGAGACUGAAGAAAAAGAUGAGGCAGGAGACGGCAGAGCCAGCAGCAAAGGAGCGUUACCCGACUGUAUCCAAGACUGGGUGGCAGCUUUCGAAGACUGGGUGGCAGCCGACUUGUGUACUGAUGAUUUAGAGCAAGUUCAAAUUGAAAUUGAAACAAGUAGCAGCACUGAAAAAAAUACAAAUGUGUCUGAGACUGUCAUUGAACUGGUUGACUUUGAGUGUGGAGAUGAAGGAGGAAACUCCAGUGGUCAAAGCGAGGCCAGUAAAGUUGUGGAUCUGAAAGAAUCAACAGAAAGUACCAGUGAGGCUGUGAGUAAGGCUGAUGGCAGCUUUCUUAGUGAGACGUGUGAGAGUCCAGCGUGUGAGGGGGUGACGGACAAAGAGAAUGGCAGAAGCUCUCAGGAAAGAAAGCAGCGACAGGGUCGGAGGUCAGGGAAGCAUUGUAGGCUUGCCCUCACAUUCACUCAGAACUGCCCCUCCUCUUCAUUAAAUGAUCCAGACCGUCUAAAUCCUUCAGCUGACGUCAAAGAUAAUACAAACAGAGAUGACUCGGAUGCCCAACCUAUUUUUAAUCCUGAUCCUGCUACCAGUUGUGACCAUAAACCAGAUGUGGACCUGCUUUCCAGCUCUAAUUCUGAGGGACAGUCACAGCUCCCGGUUGUUCUGACGCAAACGGGUCGCUUCACUCAGACAGAACCUCAGGACUUUGCUCUUCUUUGGCGCCUCACUUGUCGCCACAGCUCUGAUGAUACAGCUGUGCCUGUGGACGGACAAUCCUGCGACUGCAAAGUCACAGAGGGUAAUCCGUCCCGUUUUGUGCCUCGACCCUCUGCAGCAGUUGCAGACCCGGUACCGUACCGUGUGGUGCACGAGAGAGGCACUCAGGUGGAGGAGAAGGAACUAGGGGUGGCUCAAGACCGGCUCGCGAGCAUGCACAUUCUCAGCCGCCAUUUUAAGCUCGUUAGUUUUGACAUGUUGGAGGAUCUGUAUGACAAGUGCCACCAGGACUUAGAAUGGACCACCAACCUGCUGCUGGACUCUGGAGAGAGGUUCUUUAGGGAUGAAGAAGGUGAGGAGGAGCACGGUGCAGCUGAUGAAAACUCCAAUACAUGCAGUCAGUUUGAAGGUUUAUGUGAAAAUUUAGAACCCGUUAAAUGUCCUGAAGCAUCAAAACACGACGACCGGCUAAAAGGAGAGCAAACUGGGAUGGAGGAGGGCCUCCUGCAGUCAGCGUGUGGGACGGUGAAUGAGUCUAAUGAAGGAAAUGGAAACACAGGUGUGUCUUCUGAAGGCACAUCUGAUCCAAGCACAAGCAAGGAGGCAUCAGGUGCAACUUUAGAUUCAGAAAAAACUCCCCAAACAGAACUCUUCCUUCCAGAAGCUGAAAAAGAGUUAGAAAAAAGCAUGAGUGCUGAGCACAAGGUGACACCACAACAUGGUCAUGAAGGGGGAGGAGCUUGGGGUGGGAGCGUGAAUAACGAGGAAAUCACAGACAAGUCGUGGACCAAUAAUCGAGAUGAGAUUGCCAGCAUGGAUGAGAUCAAUCGACUGCUGCAGGCUGAGGUCGAGGAGCUGGAAAGGGAGGAAGAGCAGAGGAAAGGGCAGAGCCAACGUCUGGACAUUCAGACUGUGGAGCUGAAACUGCCCACCGAGCUGGGGCUACAGUUAACAGAGCUGUUCGGUCCUGUCGGAGUAGACCCAGGUGCAUGCUCAGCAGAUGACCUUGCUGUGCAGAUGGACCUGAAGCUGGCCAAACUGCUCCACCAAAAGUGGAAGGAAACUAUUCAGGAGAAACAAAGACAAGCUGAUCUUUCUUUUCACUUGCUUCAGCAAAGUUCAGUAAGCGGGCUUGAUGGAGCACGAGACAGGACACAGCCAGCUGAUUUCUUAAUGAGCAAAGAUAGUGACGUGCUGCUGGUCAACCAGCCAGAGGCCGGUGGUCCAAUGCCAUUCAUGGACCACUGGAAUGUGUCCCGUCCACACGUUUCUCUCAGAGAUAUUAUAAAAGAGGAGCAGGCUUUGCAGCAGAGCAUGCAAAAGACCAGACAAACCCGAGCUGACCUUUACCCCCAGGAUGGAGCCACGUUUCUGAAAGAGAAGCAGCUGUUUUCACUGUUCCCCGCUAUCGACAAGCAUUUUCUCCAGGACAUCUUCAGAGAUCACAAUUACAGCCUAACGCAGACGGAGCUGUUUCUCCGCUCUCUGCUGAACGAGGAACCCGUGAAGAACGUCGUCGCUCCAGAAGCUCCUCGGUCUGACCGCCACAGAGCAGCCAGCAAGGAGAGAGAAAAGAAGCAGAGGCACCCGGAGUUGGAUGCUCACAGCUUCCAGGACACCGAGGACCCAGAAUAUGAAGACUUCAGGGCCGAGGCCAACCUUCAGAAGAAGCGACAGCUCGAGAGCUUUGCAAAAGCCGCAGAUGCCUUCAAGCAGGGGCGCAAAGAGGUGGCCUCAUUUUAUGCCCAACAGGGUCACCUGCACGGCCAGCGGAUGCGUGAAGCCAACCACCGAGCAGCAGUUCAAAUCUUCGAGCGCGUCAACUCGUCGCUGUUGCCCAGAAACAUCCUGGACCUCCACGGGCUGCACGUGGACGAAGCCCUCGAGCACCUGGCUCAGGUCUUGCAUGACAAAAUUGCAGACUGUGAGCAGGGUUUGUGUCAGCCCCAUCUCUCUGUCAUCACAGGAAGAGGGAACCACAGCCAGGGGGGCGUGGCCCGCAUCCGCCCCGCCGUUAUAGACUACCUCAACAACAACCACUACAGGUUCAGUGAACCAAAGCCUGGCCUCAUGUUGGUCUGUUUGAAGUGA